ACGCCAACUCAACUCCCUCUAACGGAAUCAUUUGGAUUGAACGUUAAGAACUGGCAACGGGCCCGAAAAUCACUUCUGUUUUUCUUUCAAGUCCAACUUUACAAUGGCGGCCUCAGACAAAAAAGAAGUUAAGGACAAGACCAAGAACCCCAUGAGGGAAUUGCAUAUCCGAAAGUUAUGCUUGAAUAUUUGUGUCGGAGAAUCUGGUGACAGACUCACGAGAGCUGCCAAAGUAUUGGAACAACUUACUGGACAACAGCCUGUUUUCUCCAAAGCCAGAUAUACUGUUAGGUCUUUUGGUAUCCGUCGUAAUGAAAAAAUCGCUGUACAUUGCACAGUCCGUGGUGCUAAAGCUGAAGAAAUCUUGGAGAGAGGUCUCAAAGUGAGAGAAUAUGAAUUGAGAAGGGAUAACUUUUCAGCGUCCGGAAACUUCGGUUUCGGUAUCCAAGAACACAUUGAUCUUGGAAUCAAAUAUGACCCCAGCAUUGGAAUCUACGGUUUAGAUUUCUACGUUGUGUUGGGUCGUCCAGGUUUCAAUGUAGCUCACAGGAGGGCGAAACAAGGCAAAGUAGGAUUCAGCCACCGAUUGACCAAGGAAGACGCCAUGAAGUGGUUCCAACAGAAAUACGACGGAAUAAUCUUAGCAAGCAAAAAAUGAGGUGGAAGAAAUUAAAAUGUAUAUUUUAUGGUUGAAUAAAAUAAAUUUUUUCCACUUU